UUCACCUGGCGACAGCCGAUUAGGUGUCAACCUGAUUGCUUCCGCAACAAGUCGGGAGCGUCGAAAUCGACUCGAUUGGGGCUCGAUGGGCGAUCGGUCUGAGGGCCGCUGGGAGCGUGUCGCGCCACUCUGGCUUCGCCGCCUGGCUUUUCGCGACAACCGCGCGCUGCUGUUGGCGGUAGUCGCCACGAUCGUUCUGUUGGCUGCGUGUGUCGCUCGGUUUCGCGCGGCGACUAAUACUACCAGAGCGUACGUCCCGCCGAUCAUCGUCCACGUGGUGGAGGACGACGCGUGCGUCGUGCCCGGCCGGCACGUGGCCGACUGUAGACUGCCCCGGAAGGAGCGCGUCAACGUGAUGCUCGUGUCGGCCAUGUGGACGCGCGAGUCCGACACGCGCGGCGAGACAGAGGUGCUGCUCAAGUCACUGCUGCACGGCACGCGCUGCCCCCUGCAUCUGCACUUCAUCAUCGCAGGGGAGCCCGAGCUCUCCGCCAUCCGCGCCUUCAUGGCCGCCCUCCAAGCCACAGAACUCCUCCCCAACCCCUCGCCCUACACCCACCCGACCCGCCCACACGCCGAGAUCGGCAACCCCUCAGCAGAGGACCUGGCGGCCGAGGGGUACCGGAACGGGUCGCCCCGGGAGGAGAGGGCGGUGGUGGUGUUCAGCAUGUACAUGCUGCCCAUGGAGUACCUGGAGGCGCGCACCACGGCGCUGCACCUGUGGCCCCUGGCACACCACUCUGCGCUGCCCGGCAUGAGCAAGUUCUUCACACAGGAGAUGCUCUGGCAGGUGCAGCGCACCCUGUACAUGGAUGCGGACAUGCUGGUGGGCGGCGACGUGCAGGAUGUGUGGGAGCUGACGAGCGCGAUGGACCAAGACGACGACCUGCUGCUCUUCAUCGGCAACAACCACCCUGAAACCGCCCCCUGGCGCGUCGGCCGCCCCUUCUGCGCCGGCCUGCUGAUGCUGGACCUGCAGCACAUGCGCAAAGCCAACUUCACCCAGCUCUUUGUGGACACCCUGGGCCCGUUCAAGCCCAAGGAGCUGCCCAACUACGUGGAGGAUGGUGACCAGUUCCUCUACACACGCGUGUGCAUGCUCAUGCCGCACCGUUGCCGCCUCAUGCCGCGCCUCUGGAACGUCGCAGGGUGCUCCAGCCCUCCCUUCCUGGGGUUUGGCCCCAAGGGCAGGGAGGCGAACGGCACGUGCUGGCAGAACCUGCACUUCAACUGCAUCGGGCACAAGAAGGGAGCGGGCAUGCCUCCGGAGUGGCAGGGGACUGUAGCUUGGGCGCGAGGUCUGAGGUUUGAGGAUCUGAGUCGCCCACCAUUGCCGUCAUAAACCCCUGUACAGAAGGCGCAAAGCUACCACGCACUGAGCAACAGAUUGCUGUCCCAGAAGAGGUGUACCCUACCCUCCCUCUGAUUUGUUGAUAUGACACCCACCCCAACAUUUUACUCUGCUGUUGAAUUGCGCCGAAACUGCCCACUAAUAGACAAGCACUCAUUUGAGUGCGCCCUGGACCUUGGCUGGCACGCACGAG